AUGUCUAAAAAGAAAACCGCUGGAGAAUAUAAAGCAAAUACAGUAAAACAAGCUGUUGAUGCUAUUAACCGCCACUUGGUAAAAUUUUCACCAAACCGUGGAAUCAAUUUACAUGACAAAUACGAGUUUCCAGAUUUAUGGACUGUAUUACAUGGUAAAAUGAAAGAUUUGCAAGAAAAAGGAUUUGGCGAAAAAGAGGGAUCAAUGGCAUUAACAGCACAACAAGUUCAAGAAAUUCUUGCUGAUAAUUUUCUUAAUACAAAUACCCCUGAAGAACACUACAACCUUCGUGUUGAUCAAUUUCAACCUUUACCUGAUGGUGGUUUACUUUUUCGGCGUUAUCGUAGCAAAAACAACCAACGUGGAAUUGAAGGAGGUGUUUCACAAGAUAUUCACCUUCCUUCAAAUUCAGAAGCAAUUAAUGAUAUCAAUAAAUAUCUUUCAAAACGUUCUAAUGGUGCUUCUGAAAAAUUUUAUUUACAAAUUAAUCAACUUUGGCGUGAAACUGGAAUUUGGUAUAAAAAAAAACAUUGUGGUUUCAAUAGAGUAGGAAAUUUCAUGAAAGAUAUUGGAAAAUCCAUUAAAUUAGAUCUUCCGCCUGGUAUCUUAACAAACCAUUCUGGUCGCAAAACUGUUGCUCGGAUUCUUCAAGAUGCUAAUGCAUAUGAGAGCGUAAAGUAG